UUUAAACAUAAAUAUUUGCAGCAAAAUAUAUAAUGUUAAGAAAAUAAAUUUUUUUUCAUUUAAAACAAUUUUUCUCACUGUGUGCGAAUAAUUGAAAUUAACUCAGAAGUGCUGCUGUGAAGAAAGUGCCGAAAAACCAUGCGCAUGCAAAGUGUUAAUUAUUUAAUUAAUUCGCUACGAAGAUCGGAUUGUUGCUCUUUGAAGACAAAGGCCCGUUUUCAUAAUCCAUGGUUACUAAAAAGGUUAAUUAUAACUUAAUUAGUACAUCCAUAAGCUUAUAAUUAAAUUAAAAAUUGUACGUGUACAUACACGUAAAGCUUCAGUUUAUUUAACUAGAAACUUAUGAAAGAAUAUGUAUCAAUGAAUUUUUAAGUUACGGUUAACCUGUCUUUGGUUGCCAUAUAUUAUAAAAACAGGACUAAGUCUCUUGUUUACAUAUGCCUACGAGCGUGUUUACGCAACGCGUUCGCGAGAUGAGAAGUUUUCCGGCACGAAAUGCGCGUUAGGAAGUUUCAUCCAGAAAAGAGCGAUUCGGUGUGUCCUCCGCGAGUAAAAAUUUCAAGGCAUAAAUUAGUUCCGUUUUUUUUUUUCACAUUCCAGGAUCGAAAUUGCACGGUUUGUCCUUCCUUUUUUCCUCUUUUCACAUUGGAGGAAAAGAGAAAAGCCAUACAAGAAGUUCAGUCCUAGAGUGUGGAGAAGAAAAAAGCUUUUUGUACGAGCUGAGAGGGAAAAUUGUGUAAAUAUUCGAUCCACCGAUCGGCUAUAGAGGUAGAGAUAUCGACUCGACUCGAGUGGUCCCAGCCAAAGGUUAAUAUUCUCAGGUUAAAGCAUUUCGCACCGGAAGUAAGAUUUAAUUAGCGUUUAUUAUCGUCGACGCCGAGUUCCCAACCAGAGAAUCUUAGGCCCUGCGUGUAAGAGAGAAAUAUAUAAACGUAUAAUCAAUACGAAUAAAAAACUUGAAAUAUAAAUUUGUCGUACGAACAACGUAACUUAUUUUUUAUUUAAAGCGUUCAUUGAGAAAGCUGAUAAAUUUUAAUUUCGAUUCCUAAUAUCUAAUAUUCCUCUAUUGUGCGCAGGGUCUUACUAUCCAUAUCUUUUAUUAUUUUCGAUUUAAAAACCGGCAGAAUCUAUCGAAAUCUGUCUCAUUGCGCUCCCCUUUGCUAUCGAAUUAUAAAUCGGCAAAAACCGAAUAACGAUCGAACGAAAAAAAAGGGGACCAUUCAAUAUUCCGAUUUAAAAUCCGACGUUUUCAAUGAUCACGCCGCAACACGCGCCAUUCGAAAUAAUUAAAGGAUUAUUAGAUCCUCUUUUUAGAUCCUUUUCUAGUAGAAUGAAGGAAAAUCGAGAUGCGUAAAGAUUCUCGUUCGCGUAAAGAUUCGAGAUUCAAUUUCGCGCCGUCUAGGAUACGUUCCAAAACUCUACUCGUCGGGUAGAGUAACUUCGAGUGACCAAUCAGGAUGAAAAAAAUCUCGAGACUUCUGAAGAUUUCUUAAUCCCGAUUGGCCGUUCAAAGUUACUCUAUCCGAGUAGAAUUUUGAAACGUAUCUCUGGGGAUGGAAAAAUGGGGUGCUCCGAAGAGUGAAAUCCCACGAUCGUCUUAGGCGUUAAUGUCGUCACGUGUUGCGUACGACUCGCCACGGUGCACGAGCACCUAUAUCGAAAAAUCGUCCGGGACGCGAGCACGGUCAAGGUGAUCGUCGGCAUGCGAGUGGGGAGAAAGGGUUAAGGGCGAGCGCGGCAUCGCGGACGAGCUCAAGUCGCGUCGGUCGCGCUUUCCCGCCUCGUACCCCCGGACGUGAAUCGAACCUCGCGCGGCGCGGCGAGUGUGUUUACCCGUCGUCACGUGUGCGGCGACGACAACGACGGUGGUGGCGGCGUAUCGAUUCUUCUGAAUCGCGCAUUCGAGCCUCAAGGCGAGAGAGCAAAUCGCGAACGAAGGUGGACCAGCCGUCGACGUGAGGACGUAAACAAUACCGCGGAAACGACGUCGUAGUUCGCGUACGCGAAGGAGAAAUAGAGAGAGAGAGAGAGAGAGACACGUUCGUUAACGGGGAAAACGUCGAUGACUCGAUGACGCACGAGGUGCGAUAUGGGUCAAGGAAUAUAGGCCGCCACGACGACGACGGCGGCGGCGGCGGCGAUUUCGCGCCGCGCGUUCUUGAAACCGGGAAAGUCCACGGCGACGAGACAGCAGACGAGUCUACGGUCGAGUCGGCGCGUGGAGACCACGUAGUAAUCGUAAUAACGUUAGAGAGAGAAUCCACGCGUGAAAAGCAACGCGAUGUGAGAUAGAAAGAAUACAAAGCGGAGCAGAACAGAAAGAGAGAGAGAGAGAGAGAGAACGGUGCGCAGCGGGAGAAGAGAAAGAGUGAGAGAGAACGAUGGACGGUACCGAGUGUUUUGUUUACAUACGACGGCGUGACCUUUCACGAGUCUCCUUCCCUCGCGUGAGUUACCUCUGCCGCGUGAAUCGGCAGUGACACGCGGCGAAGCAGCUCUGACGAGCUUCGCCGCGUUAAGGGAGACGCGUUUCCGUCCGGAGUUAUACGCGCGUACGCAAAGUUUCGCGACACAUACAUGUAUUAAUAUAUACAUAUACACCCUUCCUGGAGGCAAAGCCGCAUCGACGCAAUUAAACGUCAUCAUCGCGAUCUGUUUCAGGGGCACGUAACUGACGCUACGCUUCGUAAUUCGUGGCGUGAUGUUGCUCAAACAGAUGCUGGACCCGAGCGUGCUAACGGACCUGGAGGAGCUGACGCUUUGCGGUUGCUGCAAGCAGAAGUACAAUGACGUGGAUCAGUGUCCCAAGUACCUUAGUUGCAAGCACUACUUCUGCCUACGGUGCAUCUCGAGCAGUCUGCUGAAGGGACGCGACCUGUUCUGCGCGCACUGCUGGAAGCAGACAGACCUGGGUGACCAGGGCCCGGACGCUCUACCGACUCACUCUGCUCUACUUGCCCUGACCAACAACUUGUCGCGCCUCAAGAUCACGACGAACAACACGUCCGGCAAGCCCGUCGACAAAGAAAGAAAGAGUGAGAACUGUCACACACACGGAAUGCCACUGGCAUUGUGGUGUGCGACAUGUUGCACGGCGCUUUGUAGAGCGUGCGCGAGUCCGCAGGAUCAUCCGGGUCAUCAGAUCAAAUCGCAAACCGAUGCCAAAGAACAGCUCAUAUCCGACGUUCAACUGGAGGUGAUCACCAUGAACAAAUUGUCGGCGGAGAUUCAAAGACUGGCCGGGCAGCAACGCGAAUUUCUGAUAAAGGUGCUGGAGGCGUGCGUGACGUUGAAGACGCAUCUAGAGACGGAUCUGCAAAACGGUUGGAGUCACUUUCCUGAAAUAACGGACGCGCGUGAGGCCCUAGGUAAAGCGAAGAUUGGCCUGCAGUUGAGCGAGACCCCGGGUGACGUGUACUCUUUACACGCGGAGCUUAUUCACGAGAAACAAAGGUUGCAGUCCAAGUACCAGGAGAUGAUGGUACAGUGCCAACUGGAUGAUCUCAUCGGCAACUCUGGGGUGAUUUUCGACUUCACCUUGCUAAAGCAGGCAGUAGCGGGCAUUCACACGGGAGAUCCAAUCGUUUCUCAAGGCAACGGUAGUCGAUUGUCGAAUCAUACGGCCUCGUAUAAUCCGAUCUUGUUCCUCGCAAAUUAUUGCAUGUCGCAAUUGUACACGCAUCACAUUAUCGGUAAACAACAGCAGCAGCAGCAGCAACAACAACAUAUGCAGAACGGCUCGAUGGAGUACCACCAUUCGAAUAUGAUGCCACCGCCGCCGCAACAGGCGCCAUCCGUUCACGUUCAUCAGGGUCCACCGCCACCGCCAGCGGGACCGGGUGGGCUCAACCAAGCUCCCCAGCAACUCCUCAUUCCACCCGGUUCACCGUCCGUCAAACCCGUACCGCCUGCACCGCCCAACGCCAUGUUGCACCCGCAACAACAGUCGACAUUCAUGCCUGACGCGGUCGGUACCGGUGCCGGCGGCGGUAGUUUAGUGACCGUCCACUCGUCUCCGCAACCGCCGUCCAACGCGAUAACGGCGUCGUUGAGCCGAGGACCCGCGAAUUCAUAUCCCCUGUACUACUUCAACAUCGAGGUGAACGGCUCGCCGCACGGACGCAUCGUAAUCGAGGUGCGACCGGAUGCGGCACCGAAGAUGGCGAAGAACUUCAGCGUACUGUCGACGGGGGAGGCCGGAGUCGGUUACAAGGGAUGUACGAUAUUUCAAUGCUGGGAGGGCGAGUCCGUCAUCACGGGUGACUUUGAGCUUAACAACGGCCGCGGCGGACGCAGCAUAUUCGAGGACGGUUACUUCAUGCCGGACGAUACCAAGUUCCCGGCGAUUAGGGGCGCGGUGGGCAUGAGGCGAACGCAGAAGCGACACGACAACCUUGGCAUGGUGGGUUCGCAAUUUCGCAUAAUACUGCAGGAGAUGCGCGGUUUCACUGGUAUCUUUGGCCAUGUGGUCGAGGGAUUGGAGCUGGUGGAGAAGAUAUCUACGUUUGGCGACCAGACUGGCAAGCCUACCAAGAAUAUUCUAAUCACGAAAUGCGGUAAAUUGUAACGUUUAUGCUGUCGCUGUCGCGCGGUUUGUUGCAACGCGGGGUACUCCGAAAAAUGAGUAUAUACUCCGUAUAUGAUAUAACGCCGUAUACAACACGUUUUCCUGCUCUAGAUAACCGAAAGAAAGUCGCCACGGUAUCCCCGAUACUCGCGCGUUCGCGGCUGCGAAAAGAAUCUAUACGUAAGGGAAAAAAAAAAAAAAAAAAAAGUGCAAAAUGAAAUCACGUUACACGUAAUUGUCCGACGACUGGAGACGAUUAUUGUUAUUAUUAUUAUCCGCCACGCGCGUAUGUCCGCUCGGGGAUAUCGUCGCGACACGUUUAUUAGCUCCGCGAAUCCUCGAACGCUCUGUACGCGAGUCAUGCAACUUAAUUAACAAUAGUGUGUCUAAAGAUGUCGAAUCUAUUUUUAAAACAUGGGCGUGUGCGAGAAGAAGAAAAAGAGAUAAAAAUCCAUAUUUUGCUAUUGACUGGGAAUCGAUACGAGAUUCUGCUAACAAUAACGACGAUGAUUGAUAUACAUACACUUACAUAUAUACACAUACACACACACAUACGUACCUCAGAGAUCGACCGUGAUAUCGAUACGACUUCUCUAGCUGAUACGACAUAUUUGUUUUUUUAGGGAAAGAGAAGUCUGACGUUUAUUUUGGCUAUUAUCGGCAUUAACUCUUCUACGACGUUGUAGCUCAUAGAACGCGGAUCGCGCGUUGAACGUGAUAUAAUGGAGAAAAUACCGCGCGAAUCGCGGCAGACGGUUCUCCAAACCGGCUGCGAGCGCAGCUAAUGUUUUAGAUCGUAGAUAGCGAAUAAGAGGGGGAAAAAGCACGUGUAGAAUCUGGGAACUUAAAUGUAGUGAACUACUGUUGUCAAAGGCAACCGAAUCGUGUGUUGUGUACGCGAGGUACAUUUACGAAGGAACGAAAGAGACAAAUCUGCGCACGAGCAUACGUUCGACUCUUUCGAUUCUUAUAUUUUUCUUUUAUUUUCUUUGCGAUCUUCGCGACUUACUGCUAAAAAGUCGUGAAUCGCGCGAUUCCAUGUACGCAAGUCUCUCGAUUAGAUAUCUUAGCCGGGAGAGAAAGAAGAGACAUCGGUAUAGUUAAUCACGUAGGAGGGCAGUUUAUGGUUCGUCGGAUACGGCGAUCGCGUGUCGUUCCGUUCCGGAGGUGCGAGGAAAAAGAGCUAAAAGGGAAAAGAAAAAGAGAUAUUCAUCGCGCGCGCGCGUCUUGCGAAGAAGAAUCUUGCGAUACUCGGAUAUUUGCGGCUCGAGUCCCGUUCCCUUUUCGUUCUUUGCGAACUAGCGAACCGUCGUGGGUUAUAUCUGUAUUUAAGAUUAGAUCUCAAUGCGUCGCAAAUGUAUGCAAGGCCUAAAUACUACUAUGUAGACCGUAAGCCUCGUGUCGUCUAAUCGGGAAAUGAACGAAAGAAAACAAGAAAUGUGCGGAUAUAUAACGUAUAUAUAUAUUAAACGAAUCAUUCCUCGAUGCUAUAUAUCGAAAAUACUACGAUAUAAUGUAACUGCGUUAUAACUACUCGUCUGAAUCCUCGUAAUGAAGUCCCAUGCGUUAUUAUCGUUACAUACAGUGUCACACACGCGCGCGCGUACGCGGGGAGCGGACCCGUAUCUCUCCCUCCCUCGCGAACACACGUGCGUGCGUAUUAUUUCCACGCGCGUACAAGGCAAGGCACACUCACGCGUAAUAAGCAGAAAUUGCACGCCCUCGCGUCGUCGCGGAUAUGCCUUCUCGAAGAAAAGCCUCAUUCGAUGUUGAACUUGAAAGUUUUAACACUUGUUGAUUAGCUGAUUAAAAAAAAGAAGAA